ACAUUGUGGCCACUGAUAGCUCUUCUUUUCUGAGAAAAGAGGCAGUAUUGAUUAUUAAUGCUGAGGGAAAAGCCCAGGGACUAAGACCAUUGAAACUACAUUCCCUCUCGGUGCCUACACAGAAUUCUGUAACUGGUUCCUGGAUGAAAACAAGAGCAGCUUUUUCUGGUAGUCAGAGGUGAAGGGUAACGGGCGGGGCAGCACAGUGAGUGAUACAGCGUGACCCGAGCUGACUCUGGAGUCAGGACCUGUAUUCAAAUCCUCUCUGAUAUUUACUACCGGUGUGACCUUGGAAAACGCAAGAGUUGUUUGUGUUGGUAGCACCUGCUGCAGCAUGUUACUGAGAGUCACUGUCAUCCUGUUGGGCUUGACUGCCCUGGUGGUCAGCGACCGGGUGUAUGUGCACCCUUUCCACCUCCUUACCUAUAACCAAAGCAGCUGUGAAGAACAGAAGAAAUUGGAUGCCGAGACCUCUGAGGAGCAGACCACCCCCUUUUCAAUUCAGGACAACAUAUCCCCUUUGGAUGAGGUGGCCCUGAAAGCCCAGUUGGUAUCUUAUGGCCAGACACUAGAUGCAGAGGACAAGAAGAGGGCAACUGGUGUGGGGAUGCUGCUGAAUUUUGUGGGAUUCCGCAUGUAUAAGAUGCUGAGGGAUGUGUCAGCCCCAGCCAAUGGGGCGGUUCUCUUAUCUCCAGUCGGCCUCUUUGGGACCCUCAUUUCCUUCUACUUGGGUUCCGUGAACACCACAGCCACUAAACUUCAGGCAUUUCUGGGGGUCCUUGGAGAAGACCAGAGCUGUACCUCCCAGCUAGAUGGGUACAAGGUCCUCUCUGCCUUGAAGGCUGUCCAGAGCCUUCUUUUAGCCCACGAAGAGAAGGACAGCUCCAGUCUGCUUCUGACCACAGUGGUUGGCCUAUUUACCUCCCCUAACCUGCGUCUGAAGCGUUCAUUUUUGCAGGGCUUGGCUCCCUUUGCCAGUAUCACCUACUCCCGCUCCCUGGAUUUGGCCACCAACCCAGACCUUGCUGCAGAGAAAAUUGACAGUUUCAUUGAGGCUGUCACAGGGUGGACAAUGAGCACGAAGCUGACUGGAAUCAGCCCAGACACCACUCUACUCUUUACUACUUACAUGUACUUCCAAGGGGCAAUAAAGGGAAUCACUCAGCUGGCAGAGCCCCAAGUAUUUUGGAUAAACAACACCACCAAGAUAUCCGUGCCAGUGCUUUCAGGGACGGGCAUCUUCCUGUAUUGGAAUGACAUCCAAAACAACUUCUCUGUGACUCAAGUGCCAUUUAAUGAAAAUGCCUUCCUUCUACUGUUUAAGCCUGAAAAUGAUGACCUAGAGAAAAUCGAGAAUCUUGCUUUUGGCCAUGAAUUUUCAACUUGGAUGAAAAAUCUGUCUCCCCGGAAGAUCCACUUGACCUUGCCAAAGCUGGUACUAGAGAGCUCCUAUGACAUGCAGAACCUGCUUACCUACACCAAAUUGCCCGGGUUGCUUGGAGAGGAGGCAAUGCUGAGCAAAAUAAGUGAUGCGAACCUCAAAGUUGGAAAGGUGAUGAACACAGUUCUUUUUGAACUGAAAGAGAGUCAGGGAAAACAAGAUCUUUUCCAAAAGCAAAAAGAAACUGUUUCCCUAGAAGUGAAACUGGACAAGCCGUUCCUGCUUGCGCUCUAUGAGCAAGAAUCAAAAAGCUUCUGUCUCCUAAGUCGCGUGACAAACCCACUGAGCAGUGUUUGAGACCCCAGCACCACACACAUCCCCAUGAUAAAGAAGAGCAAAUUAGAGGAUAACCUUAAGCUUCUAGAUUUCAAACUGUUAUUCCCCUGCCUUCUUUGGGGCUCUGUCAAGCUAGUGCCAGUAACUCAGAACAGCAGCAGAUGGCAGAAAUGCUAAAUUGUCAACAAUUUCCACUUUUUCUUCUAAUUAUUCAACUGUGAGCUAGUGGGAAGACCUUUCUCCUUAGUCAAUAGGAUAAUUAGUAGCAUGAACUUGUGAUGGCAUAAAUAAGCGUCAACAAGAUUCCUUUCUAAGAUCCAGUGUGUAGCAUGGAGCUGCUGGUUUUAGCGAGAAUUUGAGAAAACCAUCUAAAUUGUGUUUGGAAACUGAAAAAAAAAAAAGAUUCAUUUUUAGUGGAGAAUUUUGGUCUUAGAAUUAAAAUAUAAUUGCUUGCUGCCUGUAUCCAGACCCAUCUCAUUUAACAUUUAUGAAAGUUACUAAGAUGUGGUCUGAAAAAGACUAUUUUUAAAAAAUGGGUUAGGUAUGUGUGCUAGAGUAUCAGGGGAAUAUUUAUGAAUACCUUCAUGCAUGCAAACACAAUGCUACUGGUGAUUCUAUUUUAUGCUAAUAAAUAAGCUUUGCUUUAUUAAAAAAAUAUAAAAGCUUCACCUCUUCCUUAGUAGCAGGCCAGGUAAACAAUGGGUUAUCAGGGUGUCUUGUUACAUAUGUAUACAUAAACAAAGGUGCUCUAUAGACUAUGAAACAAAUUUAGUAUGGAAUGUCUGUGUACGGCCCAUCUUUGGUACCUAACCAGUCUCUAGGAACCAUUUUCAUCCAUGUAUGACUCAGUCCCCUUCCAUAUUUAGACAGUAAUGGUUGACACAUGGCUGAGUUUGUGUUUGUGGGAAGUAUUUCACUUCAUAUUGUACCUGAAAAGCAAAAAAGGAAUGAGAUUUCAGGAACCACGAAGGAACAAAGUCUAUUUGUUCGACAAUCAGAUGUCAGAGCAUCAAUACUUAAAGACUGUCACUUGUAUUUUACAUAGGAGAUUUUACUAUCGAUAUGUAGCACAAGAUGGGAGGACAAACCAUUUACAAAUAAAUAUUUACAAGAUGUUUUCUA